GACUCACUUUAGAACACCACACCGGAGGAGCUUUAAUUAGUUGCCUGUUUCUUCCCUUGUUUUUCUGUUUGAACAAUCCAAUCUAAUCUAUGUUCCGUUUUUGAUGUUCAAAAUUUAAUUUGUGUUUACUUGUAACUAUUGAAUCUCUAUCGUUACACACCCACAAAACGCACCUCUAAAAGGUUAUAAGAAAAAGAAAAAAAAACCCAAACCACCAGCGUUUCAAGGAGGAAAAUUAAUGGAAGAGCUAAAGUCACGGCCUGCUAAUUCUUCCCCUCUCACCCCACUAGGCUUCUUAGACAGAGCAGCCACCGUGUACGGUGAUUGCACCUCCAUCAUCCACAACAAUACUUCCUACACUUGGUCUGAAACCCACCGGCGAUGUCUCCAGUUAGCUUCUUCCCUCUCCUCUACCGGCAUCAAAACGGGCCACGUCGUUUCCGUUUUAGCCCCCAACAUCCCAGCAAUGUACGAGCUUCAUUUCGCUGUUCCCAUGUCUGGUGCUGUACUAAACAGCAUCAACACCCGCCUUGAUGCCCGCACUGUCUCCAUCCUCCUAUGUCACAGUGAAUCAAAGCUCCUCUUUGUCGAUACCCUUUCUCAGUCUCUGGCCUUGGAAGCCAUCUCUUUGUUUCCUCCCAACGAAAACCCCCCACUUCUGGUCUUAAUCAAAGAUGAUGAGGAUGAUGGUGUGAGUUCCACCAUUGACUCUCGCUUCUGUUGCACGUAUGAGAGUCUGGUGGAGAAAGGCAACCCUGGUUUCAAGUGGAUUCGGCCUGAAAGUGAGUGGAAUCCGAUUGUUUUGAACUAUACAUCAGGUACCACCUCGUCUCCUAAAGGAGUGGUUCAUUGCCACAGGGCAGUUUUCACCAACACCGUUGAUUCUUUAAUCCAUUGGGAAGUUCCAAAACAACCUGUUUACUUAUGGACACUCCCAAUGUUUCAUGCUAAUGGGUGGAGUUUCACUUGGGGGAUGGCUGCCGUCGGUGGAACUAAUAUUUGCGUUCGAAAAUUCGACGCCCGAAUCAUCUAUAGUUUGAUCAGAAAACAUGGCGUCACUCAUAUGUGUGGAGCCCCCGUGGUGCUUAACAUGUUAUCAAAUUCUCCUGAAACUAAACCUCUCCAAAAUCCAGUCCAAAUCCUCACCGCUGGAGCUCCACCGCCAGCAGCGGUUCUUUCCAGGACCGAGUCACUCGGUUUCAUAGUGAGUCACGGGUACGGGUUAACCGAAACGGGAGGACUGGUUGUUUCUUGUGCUUGGAAAAGGGAAUGGAACAAGUUUCCAUUGGCGGAGAGGGCGAGGCUGAAAGCGAGACAAGGAGUGAGAACUCUGACUGUGACGGAAGCGGACAUAGUGGAUCCCGAGUCAGGACUGAGUGUAAAGCGAGACGGGUCAAGCCUUGGGGAAAUCGUUUUGAGAGGUCCUUGUAUCAUGUUGGGUUAUCUAAAGGACCCAAAUGCCACAUCCAAGUGCUUGAAAGAAGACGGCUGGUUUUACACCGGAGAUGUUGGGGUGAUCCACCCUGAUGGAUAUAUGGAAAUCAAAGAUCGUUCAAAGGAUGUUAUAAUUAGCGGCGGGGAGAAUCUGAGCAGUGUUGAAGUUGAAUCCAUUUUGUACACUCACCCAGCAAUCAAUGAAGCAGCGGUGGUGGCUAGGCCGGAUGAGUAUUGGGGAGAGACUCCUUGUGCUUUUGUGAGCUUGAAAGCUGAGUUAACUCGGAAACCCAGUGAGAUUGAGAUUAUGGAGUACUGUAGAGCCAAGUUGCCACACUACAUGGUGCCCAAAACGGUGGUGUUUAAGGAUGAAUUACCCAAGACUUCAACGGGGAAGAUUCUCAAGUUUGUUCUGAGGGAAAUUGCAAAGGGAAUGGGUUCAUCUUCCACUCGGGUGAGUAGAAUGUGAACUGAGUCGAAUCGCGUUUUGCAUGAUUGUCUGUGUCAGCAAGGUAAAGAUUGGAUUGUCGUUUCGAUCAGAACUAGUUAAAAAACAGUAAACUAUGUAUUAUGUAAGCAAUUUAUAUGAUUGGCUCAAAACUAGUUACUAGAUGAGACAUGCCGAAUUUAACUAGUAGUAGUGAAUAAUAUGGUCGUAUUUCAGAUUUGGAAA